AGUCUUUCAUCUCGUUUCAAACGGACUCUCUGAGAGCUGUUAUAGUCUUUUUUUCUGCAUGCUUUCCGUCACUCUGAGGCCCACUCAGCUGAGGUCCGUCACCAGACGGUUUGCUUCGUCUAAAGCUCGCGCCCAACGUGAUGCAAAGAUGCGCUCCCUUGUAUCAUUGUACCACCAGUCUGAAACUUUCAUAACACCAGAAAACCUUUCAGAAGUCAUCGACGACGUAUUCGUACGCCGGCACUCUCCAACCUCCAACUUACACAAGGAGCACACUCUGGUUGAUCUAAUGAUGGUGGCAAAGACACGGCGGGCACAACCAAAAUAUUUCUUUGGGUAUGAAUCACAAUCGACUAUAGACACGGGUAGCAUGGGUCCUGGAUGGGAUGAAAGCAAGACAGACAGGCGAGAUAGGAUACGAGAGGCGCUGUUAGGGACAGAUUCCAAACAAAGACCAUCAUGGUCUGUGUUGAAGGAAGAGGCGAAGAGGGUAGAGGAGCAGCUUGAGCAUGAUCGUCCGUAUCAUCGUGGAUGAGAGCCUAUGACUUAAAACGUCACACCGGGUGUUUCUCGAAGGAGGAUUUGGGGCUUCGCUACCGUAUUUUAGUAGAGCCCGAACCUUCAUUUUUGGAUAUAAUGAUAGAGGUCGUGAGUUAAGUAUAUACUUGCUGCGGUUGAAGCGGCUCAUCUUAGGUCAUGGGCUAUCCAGCGUGGGUUCUGAAAAGAUGUAGGAGGAGGAAUGGAGUGUGUGCCAAGUGCUGGGAUGCUUCCCUGGUUGUUCAGCUUUCCGCAAAGAGUGGUAGUUGCGCAUUAACGACUCUACCAACAAUGUUUAAAACAUCAGUCUAGUAUACUUAUUUC